GACCCUAGUUUUCUCUUAAUAAGAAAAGUGUAUGGCAUGCGAGAAAAAUGAAAAAAAAGAAGAAAAUGAAUUGAACAUGCAUUUACCCCCGACAGGAUCCCUCGUCUCCUUGGCGAAGUCUGAGUGCAAGUGCAGCUCUCACAGCUCUGGAAAAGCCAAUCUCUUCUUUUCUCUUCUCUUAACCAUUUCCUAAUCCUUCCCUUCAAACUCCAUCAAUGGCGGACCAUGAUCUCUCCUCCCCGCUUCUCCCGCCUCAACCGUCCGAUUCCCCCCACCUUGUCCUUAUCGUCCGCGAUAGCGACUCCGGUCAACGGUCCUCUACAGCCCAAUCUCAUAAUCACCACCACCACAACAACGAUAUCGGCAGCUUUAACAAAAAUCACAGUUCGCAUCUAAACCACAUUUAUCCCAAUCCGUUUGAGUUUCUCGGAUCGGAUGGGUUGUCCGUGCCCCCACCGUCCACUGUAGAUCCAUUCCGGAACAGUACGCCCAAUAUAGAAGGAGCCUAUGAGGUGCUAAAGCUAUUACUUUGCUUACCCAUUGUUGUGGCCCGAUUGGUGCUUUUUGGGGCUUGUUUGGCUGUAGGGUUCAUUGCUACCAAAUUGGCUCUCGAGGGAUGGAAGGACAAGCAUAAUCCUAUGCCCAUAUGGCGCUCUAGGUUAAUGUGGGUUACCAGGAUGUGUGCCCGCUGUAUUCUCUUCUCUUUCGGCUACCAAUGGAUAAGAAGAAAAGGAGAGCCUGCUCCCAGAGAAAUUGCUCCGAUUGUUGUAUCAAAUCAUGUAUCAUACAUCGACCCUAUCUUUUACUUUUACGAAUUAUUUCCCACAAUUGUUGCAGCCGAGUCGCAUGAUUCUAUACCAUUUGUUGGAACUAUUAUCAGAGCGAUGCAGGUCAUAUAUGUCGAUAGGUUCUCUCAUUCAUCAAGGAAACAAGCGGUUAAUGAAAUAAAGAGAAAGGCUUCAUGUGAUAGAUUUCCUCGAGUGCUAUUGUUUCCGGAGGGAACAACAACUAAUGGCAAGGUCAUUAUUUCUUUCCAACUCGGUGCAUUCAUUCCUGGUCAAGCAAUCCAACCGGUGGUUGUCCGCUAUCCUUAUGUUCAUUUUGACCAAUCGUGGGGGGAUAUUUCAUUGGCAAAGCUCUUGUUUAGGAUGUUUACACAGUUCCACAAUUUUAUGGAGGUAGAAUACCUACCUAUUGUUUCUCCCCUGGAUAAUUGUAAAGAAAAUCCUGCUCAUUUUGCUAAGAGGACUAGCUAUGCCAUUGCAAAUGCGCUUAACGUUGUACAAACAUUUCAUUCCUAUGGGGAUGUGAUGCUUUAUAUGAAAGCAUCCGAGUCAAAGCAGGAGAAGCCCUCAAGUUACAUGGUUGAAAUGGCUAGGGUGGGAUCAUUAUUUCACAUAAGUAGCUUAGAAGCUGUGGACUUUCUCGACAAGUUUCUCUCAAUGAAUCCAGACCCCAGUGGUCGUGUUAAAUUCCACGACUUUUUGAGAGCUAUGAGACUAAAGACUUGUAAACUUUCAGAAGAGAUAUUUGGGUUCAUUGAUGUGGAAAAGAAUGGAUCGAUCACAUUCAAGCAGUUCUUAUAUGGAUCAGCUCAUGUCAUGAAGCAACCAUUCUUCAGACAAAGCUGUGAAUUAGCUUUUACCAAUUGCAGUGAUGGAGGAGAUGGUCAAAUAUCAAAAGAACAAUUUGGAGAUAUUAUUAGACUUUCGAUCCCAGACUUGGAUAAUGAUGAGAUGCACGAGCUCUUCAAAUUAUUUGGUGCUGAGGAGGAUGGUAGGGUUAACAAGGAUAGUUUCAUGUCAUGCCUGAGAAAGAAUCCUCUGCUGAUUGCACUUUUUUCGCCUUGUUUGGUGCGGAAAGGUUCCUCAGAAGCCGGUGAUAUGAUGUUGCAAGAAAUUGUGUGAUAGAAUUUAAAAAAAAAAUAAAAACAAAAAGAAAAAAAAGAAAAAUUGAAAUUUCUGUAUUUGGAUUUGGGGUUGGGUUUUGCGUAAAAUUGAUAUCACUGGUAUUUUGUAUUUGUUUUGUGAGAGGAAGGGAAUAGUGUCAAAAGCUACAUGGGCCUCGGAGCACCAACGCUAUUCAUUCUUUGCCAGUUUAAGAUAGGAUAAGACUAGAGAUAGAGCGUUUCUUGCAUCCAGUGGAGAAUUGCAUUACUAUUUUCUAUAAAUAAAUAAAUAAAUUAUCUCAAUUAGUGCUAA